GUAAGUUUAGGUUUGUUGCAGAGGAUUGUCAACAUCCAGAGACCACACGCUGGAAAUGAAAUGCUUGUUCGUGGAGAUGACAUGAAUUGAUUCCUUUUUAACCCGGGCUUGUUACAAGGGAGCUGCUUGGUCUAACUGUCUAUAGAUGGACUCCUGAAUAACCCUGGGAGCACAGUGAGUGAUGUGUGUUUGCGUGGUGACAGUGUGGGGCGGCAGACGGAGGGCGGAAGCAGAUGUGUGUGAGAGAGGUUCAGAGCCGUGGCACUAUCACAGGGUGCCUUUGUCUGGAUGUAGAGAGUGUUGAAUUAAAGGCUGUUAACACUAGUCUGCACAGUCAUAUGCUAAUUCCCUGUUACUCUGAGAGAAUAAAUAAAUUAUGCUCCAGAAAACACAUCCGAGUCCCUGCUUUACAUGCCUAAUGCAACACAGAUAGUGCGCAAGGAAGACAGAGGGAAAAGUGUGUGUGUAUUGGUUGCAUGAGAAGGAGUGGGUGGCACUGUACAAAAAUAGCAUUAAAGCAGCAUCAAAGAGGCAAGACAAAGAGAUUCUCUGUAACCUCUCUUCCUUUUUCAGUUCGGGCUUUGCACCCACUGCUGUUGUAGGUGAUGCUGUGCAGGAGAUAACGAGAGAUAGAUUGGGCGAAGAGGCAGAGAGCGAGAUUUGGUCAGGGAAUGGGAGCGGGAGGGGGGAUUUAAAGGGAAAGAAACGGAGGGAGAUUUAGGUAGAGACCAAGGAGUGAGUGCAAGGGAAGAGAGCCAGCGCAGCGAAGGAGCCGAGGCGACGGAUGGGAGAGGAGAAGAGGAGAGGCAUUGACUUGGAGGCAUACACAUGGACGAGAAGAAAACGGCUAUUUCAUGUGCUCAGUGUGCACGGCUGAAGCGUGCGGCUGUCUGACUGGAUUGCUAGUCAUCUGCUGCUCCAAAGCUAGAGGACAUACAAAGAAAUACAGGCAGGCUGGGAAUAUAGGGCUGUGUGCAGAGGAUGAACAGGCGAUGUGGGCUCUCUGGCUGUGAUCGCUGUCCUCAGACCCCCGUAGCCACUCGCACUGGUGCUGUUGCAGGCCGUUAGCCUUGCAGUUCGGCGGCAGCAGUCAGAGCAAUUGAUACAGAAUGAGCUCCAAGCACUCCUCCGACUGGAUACCCUACAGCACUUUAGAUGAUGAGGGCACCAACCUCAGGCAGCAGAAGCUGGACAGGCAGCGAGCGCUACUCGAACAGAAACAGAAGAAGAAGAGGCAGGAGCCCCUGAUGGUCCAGUCCAACGUGGACAGCAGAUCUCGUGCGCGUCGGACCAAACAGAGCGAAGAGCAGGCCCCGCUGGUAGAGUCCUACCUCAGCAGCAACAGCAGCACCAUCUACCAUGUGCAAGAUGCUGAACAGGAGGAGGUGAAGGUGAUAUCGGACACACAGCCGCCCCGCUCGGCCAAAAAGGGGAGAGCGUCGGCCAGCUCCACGCCACAGACAGGCAGCGACAAGAAGGAGAGGAAGGGGAAACACAAAGCAAUCGACGGCCUGGCCUCCCCGCAGGACGACGGUCAGAUCCAGAUCCUGACGGUGGGCCACCCGAGCAGCGAGGAGGGCGAGGCCGAGCCGGUGAUGAGCUGCACUCAGUCUCAGAGCAAACAGGAUCUGCGCGUCACCAUGCUGAAGAAAGGUAUAUCCAGCAGCAUGAAUUUCGACGAAGAGGAAGAUGACGAGGAUGAAAUUAGCUCCAGUUCUUCACAGCUCAACAGCAUCACCAGACCAGGCUCGGCCACCAGCAAGAAAUCCUGCAAGGAGGUGGCCUCGGCUCCCACUCCGCCAACCAACGAGCCCUCCGUCGACGUCGACGACCUGGAAGAGUUUUCUCUGCGGCCUGCGCCGCAGGGGGUCAGAGUGAAGUGCAGAAUCACCCGGGAUAAGAAGGGCAUGGACAGAGGCAUGUAUCCCACCUACUACCUUCACCUGGAGAGGGAGGACGGCAAGAAGGUGUUCCUGCUUGCUGGUCGGAAGAGGAAAAAGAGCAAAACAUCAAAUUACCUCAUCUCCAUUGACCCCACUGAUCUGUCUCGAGGUGGAGAGAGUUUCAUCGGUAAACUGAGAUCAAACCUCAUGGGAACCAAGUUCACUGUGUACGACAGCGGUCUGAACCCCAUGAAGAGCACCACCAGCCUUGAAGCUAGCAGUCUGCGUCAGGAGCUAGCAGCUAUUUGCUAUGAAACCAAUGUGUUAGGAUUCAAAGGACCUCGCAAAAUGAGUGUCAUCAUUCCCGGGAUGAACAUGGACCACGAGCGAGUGUCAAUUCGCCCGCGUAACGACCAUGAGUCACUGCUGGCCAGGUGGCAGAACAAGAACACCGAGAGUGUGAUCGAACUUCACAACAAGACGCCUGUGUGGAACGAUGACACACAGUCCUAUGUGCUCAACUUCCACGGCAGAGUCACUCAGGCUUCCGUCAAGAAUUUUCAGAUCAUUCACGACAACGACCCCGACUACAUUGUGAUGCAGUUUGGCCGUGUGGCUGAGGAUGUCUUCACCAUGGACUACAAUUAUCCAAUGUGUGCCCUGCAAGCCUUCGCCAUCGCCCUGUCCAGCUUUGAUAGCAAGUUAGCCUGUGAAUAGACCCCAGCCUGGAGUUCAGUGGAGAACUGACUGGCCCGCCUGUGCUCUCAACAAGGGCUGUUCUGUAUUCCUGGAGCUGAUUUGAGAUCAUCAAAUCAUCCAGCACCUUGGAAGUCCCGCAUAUCCCAAAAUACUCUAUGGGCCUCAAGUUUUACAUAUAUGUGUGUGUCU